UGUGCGCGUAUAACCUUGAACAUAAUGCACAUGAAACAUUAUGGAUUUUUACAAGCUACAAAGGAGAUGAACAUGUUAUGAAGGAGAGAUGCGAGAUUUCGGGGUGUGGUCGUGAGGCGUGUUGUUUUUCCCUCGGACAGCGAGGAACUAGGAUCAUUUCGUCAUAUUACACCUCUGACAUAAUGUGGUCGAGCCACAUCCGCAAAUUCAUCCGUUUUACGCGGACGCGAGCAGGUCGCGAAGUGUCAUUUUUCUUCCUUGUCUUGUUAUGUGUCUGUCUUGUAUACAGCAACACUCAACUCUUAGCCAACUUGCUAAAACAGACAAGUCCAUUGCGAAUAGUGUAUGUCAAGGAGAGAAAGUCGCAGGUAACCCAUUCCUUCCCGAAGAAUGACAUGGUUUACAUAAAAAUGAUCAAGUGCGGCAGCACAACUCUUAAUUCAAUGUUCCAUCGUUAUGGCUAUACGAGGAAUCUUUCUUUCGUACUGCCGGUUAAGGGGAGGAUCUACCUCGGCUGGCCUUACCGAAUGCAGAAGGGCUUCUUUCGACCGCCGAUAGCUGAAAAGUUUAACAUCUUAUCAGAACACGCGGUCUAUGAUCGAAGGUUUAUGGCCAGCAUCAUGCCAAACGACACCGUGUACAUAACCAGUCUGAGGGAACCGUACGCUCAAUUCAAGUCGAUGUACAACUAUUACCAAGUGGGAAAGAUAUCCACCGCAGGAGAAGGCCAGGCGGGAUAUGAUAAAUUUAUGAAAAACAUUGAGCGGUAUGAUGAAAUUUAUAAGUCGGCGGCUCAAAAAAGAGAGCGGUAUUGUGUCCCGGAUGGGUUUUCCAUGUCGAAAAAUCUCAUGUCUUUUAUACUGGGCCUCCCCCUUGGUUAUCCGCCGGGGACCAAGGACCUCACUGGGUACAGGAGGACAGCUUCCAAACUCAUCAAGACAACUGUUAAACAAUUCGACCUAAUUCUUAUUUUGGAAUACUUCCAUGAAUCCCUUGUCAUGCUGAAACGUCUCAUGCGGUGGAAUACGAAAGAUAUUUUAUACAAAUCGGGUAACGUUUUGAAAUAUGACCAUAAACAUGACAGUUCCUUUGAAUAUCGAAAAAUCUACAGACAGUGGAGUGAAUUAGAUUUUCUUCUCUAUGAUUAUGCAAAUAAGACAUUCUGGCAGAAAGUUUCUGAAACAGGGAAGAAUUUUAAAGAAGAGGUGACGAAUUAUAACGCGGUGAAGAGGAAGGUUGAUGUAUUCUGUGCUACACAUGAUAGGAAGGACUUUUUGAGUUUUGAUCGAACACUUUGGGAUGAGCAGGGGUUCAUCUUCACAAGGUAUGACUGUAGUUUACUGCAGGAUAUGAACCUAGUCUCUCAGAUUAAGAAGGUGUACGACACAAACGCCAAAGAGUCAGACAUACCAGAACAGGCUGAACCGUCCACGUACUUUUGUUGAAAUCAUGUCUCAAUUUGCGAAAUACCACCACGCACCUGCUUGAUGUUGCGAUAUGAUUGUUCGUCUUCUGCCAGUUAAACAUUUUCUGGUCUUAAUUUUGAGCUAUAAGGGUGGUAAUAGCUCAAAAUGAUCUUAUCAGCCUAUCUACCCAUUACAAGGGGACAGACUUCAGCUCAGGGUCCAAAUUGUGAUAGUCACACCCCAACAACAAUCCUAACAUGGAGGAUUAUAUUUAACCGGUGAACUCGGGCCGGCGAUGACCGAAUCACAAAGAAAACCACUGGUGCGAGAGAAAUAAAUAGGUUGUGAUGAAUAAACACUAGCAAAUGCUUUUAUCUAAAUCUCCAUGUACAUUUACACUAGGCUGUUCUGUACAAAACUGAAGUAAAAGCAUUUGCUAGUCUUUAUUCAUAUCACCCAAUGUCAGGUCCUUGGUUACAAGGCUUAUCGAGAGUUUUUGAGACAUCCCGUGUAUAAGCAAGGUCGAUUGAACAGGAGCGACAAUGAUUGGUUGGGGCGAUGUCUUCAUGUCAGGCCUAGGCUUGGUUCAAGGUAUAGUAAGUAAGUAAGUAAGUAAGUAAGUAAGUAAUUUUAUUGCUCAAUCUAACAAGGUAGACAAUGCAACAGUAGAACACACAAUGAUACACAAAUUAACGUUACAUGAAUGUACAAGACGGAGACCGGUGGAAUUGUUCGGAAGCUCUUGGAGUGAACAGAACGUUGGAGUAAAUAGAACGUUCUAUUCACUCCAAGGGAAGCCAUACAAUAAUUUACAAUAAUAUUGUUAAAUACUAUCUAGUACCAGUAGGCCUAGUCAGAAAGAAUCGAUCUAUCCUGUGACUAACUAGAAUACCGGGUAGAAUUUUUGAAAACUAGAAUUAUUAGGUAAGAUUAUUAGGUAUAUCCUUUCAUGAGACAAACAGCAAAUAAGGAUGAUUGUGACAAUAUGAUAAUUGCAACCGGAUGGUUCACUGGUGCGAGAGAGAAAGGUUGUGCCAAAAUCUCAAUGUCUUUAUAUUACUGAUCCUUUCCCGACACAUCCUGUAUAUACCAAGGAAGAUUGGCACUGUUUCGAACUGGUGAAACAAUUAUAAGUUGUGACAAUGUCUUCAUCUUCAGCCCUUGAUUUGAAAGAGCUAAACAGAUUUUUUUUCUAAGAACAUUUUUUCUUGUCUAGGGCAAGUAAGAUUGUGAUAGUAUAUUUGUCUCACUGCGGGUCGAACUGGUGUGACAAUGAUAGGUUGUGACAAUGACUGAUAUGAAUAAAGUCUAGCAAAAGCUUUUACUUCAAUUUUGUACAGAAAGGCCUGGUGUAAAUGUACAAGGAGUUUCAGAUGAAAGCAUUUGCUAGUCUUUAUUCGUUCAUGCCAAUCCCUUGGCUUGGUGACAAUUCCGCGGUAUAAAUUUUUCGCGAAUGCCGAACGAUGGAUAUAUUCGCGGCAGAAUAUUUUCGCGAAUCAAAAUAUUUUUCUAAUGAAAUUUAAAUUGUGUACUUUGACAUAGAGCUCUUUAGUGAAUAGUUUGGCUCAAAUCCAUUGUCAGCAGGUCUCAUUAUGUCGGGUAAUUAGGCUUGCCCAAUAUAGCACACCUAGAUGGGUAUUUAUUACUAGUAAUUAUGCAAUAGUCAUUCACGAGGUUUGGAAUUUGUAUUUGUUAGGGGUAAUUAUCAUACAUACUAAUUGACAAGACUUUUCACUUGAAUUUGAUAUU